AUGGACGACGCGGACCGCAGGACGCCGCUGCUGGGGCCGCGGCCCGCCCUCACCGUCGCGCAGAAGGCGGCGUACGGCGUGGGCCACGUGCUCAACGACAUCUGCGCCGCGCUCUGGUUCUCCUACACGCUGCUCUUCAUGCAGCUCGUGCUCAAGAUCCCCGCCACCACGUCCGGGGCGCUGCUCCUCGUCGGGCAGGUGGUGGACGCCGUGGCCACCCCACUGGUGGGCAUCAUGUCGGACAAGUGGGGCAGCCGGAAGACAUGGCACCUCGCAGGCACGGUGCUGGUGCUGGUGAGCUUCCCGCUGGUGUUCUCGGAGUGCGGCGUGUGCUGGAUGGCGCCGACGCUGACCUGGGUGGCGCCGCUGUACUACGCGCUGCUCAUCACGGCCUUCCAGACGGGCUGGGCCACGGUGCAGAUCGCCCACCUGUCUCUCAUCCCGGACCUGACGCCGCGCCAGGCGGAGCGCGCCGAGCUCACGGCCAUCCGCUACACGGCCUCGGUGUGCUCCUCGCUGGCGCUCUACGUCAUCACCUGGGUCGUUUUCCACGUGACGCGCGGCGCCAUGGGCGACAACAAGAUCGGCCCCGGGGACGUGUUCAAGUUCCGCAGCAUCGUGUUCGUGGGCAUCACCAUCGGCUCGGUGUGCUCCAUCUGGUUCCGGUACGGGCUGUCCGUGCCUAGCCACGCCGACAUCACCGUCCGCCACCGCCACGCCGCCAACGGCGCCAACGGCGUCAGCGGCCGCAAGGGCGGCGGCGUCAGCGGCCUGCACUACCUGCGCCAGUCGGCCCUGUACCAGGUGGCGCUGCUGUACAUGGCAUCCCGGCUCUUCCUCACGCUGUCCCUCGUGUACAUGCCGCUGUACCUGGACGAGUCCCUGGACCAGGACGCCGAGACCCUGGCCAGCGUGCCGUUCGCCUCCUUCGUGGCGUCCUUCGUCGCCUCCCUGGCCGUCAAGUACUCCAACAGCUUCCUCAGCAGCAAGGUGGGCUACCUCCUGGGGGCCGUCAUCUCGCUGGGCGGCUGCAUCCUGGUGGGGGUCGGCAGCGGCGCCAACGAGACCGCGCAGAUGUACGGCGUGGCCGUGCUGCUGGGCGCCGGCAGCUCCAUCACCAUGGUGACCUCCCUCUGCAUCACGGCGGACCUGAUCGGCCCCAACACGGACAGCGGCGCCUUCGUCUACGGGGCCGUCACCUUCGCGGACAAGCUCUUCAACGGCAUCGCCGUCAUGAUCAUCGAGGAGCUGAAGUGUGAGGACGUGACGCAGUGCCCGCACUACUAUCAAGACGUCCUGGCCUACGUUUGUGGUGGUUCUGCCUUGUUAGGUCUGGUGGUUCUCCUGACUGUACUGCCAUACAGCAAACACCUCCUACCAUUCAGAGGUAAGAGAACUAAGAUUAUUGUUGGCUGACAACAUCACAAUGAGUGAGGAGACUCGUCCCAGUGUGGAAAACGCAGCAGUCCCUUUCAACCGCUAUAGUAAACUUCUGGCAGCUCUGAAGAAAGCACCUGUCGAAGAAUGUGAUCAGCCUCCAGCUUCAGAUGGGGAGA